AUGGAUGAAGAAUAUGAUGUUAUCUUGUUAGGCACGGGCUUGAAAGAAUGUGUCUUAGCUGGUUUACUCGGUGUUGCUGGAAAGAAAAUCUUGCAUAUGGAUCGCAACAAAUACUACGGUGGAGAAUCAGCUUCGAUGACCCCUCUGGAAGACCUUUAUUCGAAAUUUAACUUACCACCGCCGCCAGCUGAGACAGGUCGUGGCCGUGAUUGGAAUGUUGAUUUAAUUCCAAAGUUUCUUAUGGCUAACGGUCUUUUGGUAAAAUUAUUGAUUCAUACAGGUGUUACACGUUAUCUUGAAUUCAAAUGUAUCGAAGGUAGUUAUGUAUACAAAGGACAAAAAAUUCACAAAGUACCAGCCGAUGAACGUGAAGCACUUGCAUCAUCAUUGAUGGGUCUUUUCGAAAAAAGACGUUUCCGUAAUCUACUGGUUUGGGUUAAUGAAUAUGAUGAAAAAGAUCCUAAAACAUAUAAAGACGUGCCACCAAAUACACGUAUGGUUGAUGCAUUUAAAAAAUUUGGUGUUGAUCAAGAUACCAUCGAUUUUACUGGACAUGCUUUGGCACUCCACAGUGAUGACGAUUACCUAACAAAACCUGUACUGGAAUCGAUCAAACGCAUCAAACUCUACAGUGAAUCAUUAGCACGUUAUGGCAAAUCGCCAUAUCUUUAUCCAUUGUACGGUCUUGGCGAAUUACCACAAGGUUUCGCCCGUCUAAGUGCUAUCUACGGUGGAACGUAUAUGCUUGAUAAGCCCGUUGACGAAAUCGUUUAUGAAAACGGUGUUGUUGUCGGCGUUCGAUCUGGUGAUCAAGUAGCACGUUGUAAAGCUGUUAUUUGUGAUCCAUCCUAUGCACCUGACAAAGUGAAAAAAGUUGGUAAAGUUAUUCGCGCUAUUUGUCUUCUACGACAUCCUGUCAACGUGGGAUCAAAUACAUCACCAGGUUCCAUUCAGAUUAUUAUUCCUCAAAAGCAAGUUCAACGUCAUAAUGAUAUUUAUGUUUGUUGUAUGGGUCAAACGAAUAUGGUGACACCGAAAGAUUGGUACGUUGCAUUGGUUAGUACAACCGUCGAAACCAACAAUCCGGAAAAUGAAAUCAAACCCGGUCUUGCACUCCUCGAACCUAUCUAUCAAAAAUUUGUUAGUGUCAGUGAUUUGUAUGAGCCCGUUGAAGAUGGAACAAAGAGCAAACUCUUUAUAUCAAGUUCAUACGACGCUACAACGCAUUUCGAAUCAACUUGUUUCGACAUUCUUGAUGUCUAUCGUCGUUACAUGGGCGAACCCUUUGACUUUACAAAAGUCACACGUGGUCUGGAUGCUGACGAUAACCAGGAAGGAGCACAUUAA